AUGUUGGAUGCCCUGGUGCUAGACAGAGUGGAUUUUGUGAAGUUGCUUAUAGAAAAUGGAGUAAGCAUGCAUCGUUUUCUCACCAUCUCCAGACUAGAAGAGCUGUAUAAUACGAGACAUGGGCCAUCCAACACUUUGUAUCACCUUGUCAGAGAUGUCAAAAAGAUCAGCUGGGGAAACCUACCACCAGAUUAUAGGAUAAGUCUAAUUGAUAUUGGCCUGGUGAUUGAGUACCUGAUGGGAGGAGCUUAUCGCUGCAAUUAUACUCGAAAACGCUUCCGAACACUCUAUCACAACUUAUUUGGCCCCAAGAGACCCAAGGCCCUAAAACUUCUGGGAAUGGAGGAUGAUGUUCCACUACGGAGGGGAAGAAACACCACUAAGAAACGAGAAGAGGAAGUGGAUAUAGACCUAGAUGAUCCUGAGAUUAACCAUUUCCCUUUCCCCUUUCAUGAACUGAUGGUAUGGGCUGUGCUGAUGAAGCGCCAGAAGAUGGCUCUUUUCUUCUGGCAACAUGGAGAGGAAGCCAUGGCUAAGGCUCUGGUAGCCUGUAAACUUUGCAAAGCAAUGGCCCAUGAAGCAUCUGAAAAUGAUAUGGUGGAUGACAUAUCUCAGGAACUUAAUCACAACUCCAGAGAUUUUGGCCAGCUGGCAGUGGAGCUGCUGGACCAAUCCUACAAGCAGGAUGAACAGCUGGCUAUGAAACUCCUGACAUAUGAGUUGAAGAACUGGAGCAAUGCCACAUGCCUGCAACUUGCAGUGGCAGCCAAGCAUAGAGAUUUCAUUGCACACACGUGUAGCCAAAUGCUACUCACAGAUAUGUGGAUGGGGAGGCUUCGGAUGCGCAAAAACUCAAGUCUAAAGGUAAUUCUAGGAAUUCUACUUCCUCCUUCAAUUCUCAGCUUGGAGUUCAAAAACAAAGACGAUAUGCCUUACAUGUCUCAGGCUCAAGAGAUCCAGCUGCAAGAAAAAGACCAGCAUAACAUUGACAGCAAUGGAGAGUCAUCAGCAAGAAAGAAGGAGGAGGACGAAGUUCAGAACAGACAUAGAUUGAUCCCCUUUGGACGAAAAAUCUAUGAGUUCUACAAUGCACCAAUUGUUAAAUUUUGGUUCUAUACUAUGUUUUACAUUGGGUACCUGAUGCUGUUUAAUUAUAUCGUUUUGGUGAAAAUGGAACGUUGGCCUUCCCUGCAAGAGUGGAUAGUUAUCUCAUAUAUAUUUACAAUGGGAAUAGAAAAGAUGAGAGAGAUAUUAAUGUCGGAACCUGGGAAACUACUGCAGAAGGUGAAGGUGUGGCUUCAAGAAUACUGGAAUGUUACCGAUCUUAUCGCCAUCCUCUUAUUCUCGGUGGGCAUGGUGCUUCGCCUUCAGGACCUGCCAUUCAGGAGUGAUGGACGUGUCAUAUAUUGUGUCAACAUUAUUUACUGGUAUAUCCGAUUGUUAGACAUCUUCGGGGUGAACAAAUAUUUGGGGCCAUAUGUAAUGAUGAUUGGGAAAAUGAUGAUAGACAUGAUGUAUUUUGUCAUUAUUAUGUUGGUGGUUCUGAUGAGUUUUGGUGUUGCAAGGCAAGCAAUUCUCUUCCCCAACGAAGAGCCAUCAUGGAAACUGGCAAAAAAUAUUUUUUACAUGCCCUAUUGGAUGAUCUAUGGGGAAGUGUUUGCAGACCAGAUAGACCGUAAGCAACUUCCUCCCUGCAAAACCGGAGCAUGGAUCGUUCCUGCCAUAAUGGCUUGCUAUCUUUUGGUUGCAAACAUCCUUCUGGUGAACUUACUGAUUGCAGUGUUUAACAACACGUUUUUUGAAGUUAAGUCUAUAUCAAACCAGGUAUGGAAGUUUCAGAGAUAUCAGCUUAUUAUGACCUUCCAUGAAAGACCAGUCUUACCCCCUCCACUAAUCAUCUUCAGUCACAUGACCAUGAUAUUUCAGCACAUAUGCUGUAGAUGGCGGAAACAUGACAGCGAUCCAGAUGAAGCAGACUAUGGGCUCAAACUUUUUAUAACAGAUGAUGAACUGAAGAAGGUUCAUGAUUUUGAAGAACAGUGCAUAGAGGAAUAUUUCAGAGAGAAAGACGAUAGAUUUAAUUCUUCCAAUGAUGAGAGAAUCCGUGUAACUUCUGAAAGAGUAGAGAAUAUGGCAAUGCGAUUAGAGGAAGUGAAUGAACGAGAGCAUUGCAUGAAGGCCUCGCUUCAGACUGUAGAUAUACGGCUUGCUCAGCUGGAAGAUAUGAUUGGGAGAAUGGCCACCGCACUGGACAAAAUUACUGGCAUGGACAGAGGAGAGGCCAGUAAGAUACGGUCUCGAACAUCUUCUGACUGUACUGACACAGCUUACAUUGUGAGACAAAGUAGCUUCAACAGCCAGGAAGGGAAUGCAUACAAACUUCAAGAGAGUAUUGAUCCUACGGGGGAAGAAUCAAUGUCCCCCACCUCUCCAACAUUAACACCUCGACUGCGAAGUCACUCCUUCUAUGCGAUGAAUAUGAAGGAGAAGGGUGGGCUUGAGAAAUUUGAAAGUAUUUUGAAAGAACGGUCUCUGAACCUUCAUCGUGCCACUAGCUCUCACUCAAUCUCAAAAGAACCAAAAGUUUCAUUAGUGCCUGUAAGCACUUUGUCUAUUGCUCCAGAUUCUCGGAGGCCUUCCUCUUGCAUUGAUAUUUAUGUGUCUGCCAUGGACGAGCUGCAGUCAGGAAUAGAACCCCUGGAUAGUUCGAUGAACAUCCUUGGGACCGGAGACCCUACUCUUCAAGCUCAGAUCACUUCCAGCGUUCUCUCGAGUAGUGCUUAUGUCAGUGGUACCGCUGGUGACGGAAUCUCAGGCAGAAGUAUUGAGUGUGAAGAGGCUUCUUCGCUGGAAACAAGGGUGUUUUCUUCAGAUUAUUCCCAAAUCACAGACAGUCAAAACCCCUGGGAAUUGGAUCCCCCCCUAUAUCAUACCUUAGAGCGUUCUAAAAGUAGUCGCUACCUGGCUACAAGCCCCUUUAUUUUAGAAGAGGCGCCUAUUGUAAAAUCUCAUAGUUUUAUGUUCUCUCCAUCCCGGAGUUAUUUCAGCAGCCUUGGAGUACCGGUCAAAACAGCAGAGUACACUAGCAUCACCGACUGCAUUGACACAAGGUGUGUCAGUGCUCCUCAAACCAUUGCAGAAAGGUCAAGUUUUCCUGGGAUCCAUGGAGAUAAGAUGGAUGACCUAGGAUGCUGCCAUCCAGAGAGGGAAGCAGAACUAAGUCACCCAAGUUCUGACAACGAGGACACUGAAGCCAAAGACAAAAAAGCAGUUUCCUUGUCACUUCAAGACAGCAAUACAUCGAGGACCUUGUCUAACAAUAUUCUGCUUCCUAAAAUAGAGCGGGCCAAUAGUUAUUCUGCAGAUGAAUCCAACUUACUCUACGUGCACACACGGAAAAGCUACUCCAUCAGUGACAAACUUGAUAGGCAGCGCAAUGCAUCCAGCCUUCGAAAUACAUUUCAGAGGAGCAGGUCAUCCAAACCAGAAAGCACAGGAGACACCUUGUCAAUGAGAAGACUCUCUAGAACAGGUGCAUUCCGGAGCUUUGAGAGCAAAUAUUGCUAG